CUUACGUAUUUUGUUCCUUGUAAAUCUUACCGAAACAACACCUGACACCUCGUCCCAGUUGUUUAGCCCAACAGCAACACUCACUGUCCAUUGCACGACGUAAUGUCAACUUCCAGCAGGUCACCGAAUGGUUCCUUCAGGUCACCGCCAUACCUUCCGCGUUGGUUGUCCCCUGAGCAAGGCAUGUGUCUGCGCCCUCCAAGCGACCUCUGAAAACAGCUUCGGAACAAAAUACAAUUCGGAGCUUCAGCCAACUUCUUGCAAUGGUUUAGAUGCGCCUAAUGAUUUAAAGCCGAAAACAAACAUUUUAUCAGCUGACUGUCCGACGGUUCCAGAUCUAAACACACAGAUGAAAAGAACCGAUUUUCCUGGAACUAUCCUUCAAUUUGUAGUUAUGUCUAGCAGUGGUGGCAUAUUCGUGGGUGCGUUCGAGCGGAGUGAAUGGGCAGACUCCGAUAAGUCUGUGAAAGAUGACCCCAAGACAACUCACUAA